AUGCAUUUCCAGAGGAACUCUUGGCCACAACCUUCCGCAACCACUUUGCAGUGUGAAGACCAGCAACGCCGAGAAACUUCACCACUUUCUCUCGAGACCAAUGAACAAAAUUAUCUCAUCGUCACUUCGAUCCUGGAAGGAAGACAUUUCCCGAGCAGGCAAAGCUGUGACGUUGUGAUAGAAGCCAGCUUCGACGGCGAAGUGCUAACCACAGACCCUGUGCCACACUCCUGUCAUCCCAACUUCAAUACAGAGUUGGCAUGGGGCGUUGAUCGUCGAGGUCUUCAUGUGCACAGGCUUCACAGGACACCUGUGAAGCUGCAGUGUUUUGUAGUUGAGCGAUCAUCCAAAAAGAAGGACCGCGUGGGAUACGUUGUGCUCGAGAUACGCGGCAUUCCUGAGAGCGUAAGGAGUGCAAAAUGGCAUCCGUUGCUGAACAGCAAGUACCAUGGAGCCAAGCCAGAGAUUCACGUAGGGUUGCAUCUGGAGGAGGACACUGUUCCCGAUGCACCUGCCUUGGCCACUUCAGAACCUCCUCGGACAGAUAUCAGAAUGCAGCGUGUGGUUGUGCAGCCAGCUGACCAAGCAGCGGAAACUGACUUGGCACCUCGCCUCAACCUGAAAGGCUGUUACGAGAUUGGAAAGCAUCCCACAACACUCUACAUCUUCACUGUCACCAUUGCAUUUGCAGCAAACCUCAAACAUCUUCAAGAAAACUCCGAAAACAAGCCAUCAGCCGGCCAUGGUGGUCCAUACCACUUCAUUUAUCACUUGCUUGGGCAUGAAGUUUCUACAGAAGCAUUCCCCAGCUUGGAAAGCCCCGAAUUUCCAGCGGAGCGAGCGUCGCUCCGCAUUCGUAGCAGUGGCCCGUGCUUCGCAGAUUUUUGCUGCUCAUCCGACCCUUCAGUUAUUGGGGAGACGGAAAUUCUUCUGGGCGACUUCUCGGCAAGCUCUCCGGAUUUCUCCGUCUCUGUGCAAGGCUUGUUUCAGCUAUCUCCUGUUCCACACAAUGAAGACCUGAUGAGCAGAAUAGCACCCGAGUACAGGCCCAUUGUUGGUGUCUAUGUGGAGAUUUCAGAAAAAGAGGCAAUUGGAGGCACUGAAAACGAAACUGAUGGCAGGCAGGAGGAGCCAGUGCCUGAGCAGCAGCCUGCUCCGUCACCACCGCCACCCCCACCUGCAGCAGCUGCAAGGCGCGGGGAGAGUCCACAUCCUGCUCCACGGUCACGCAGUCGAGACUCACGGCCCCGAACACCGACACAGCUUUUGCCAGAGAGAAGUCCCACGCGACAGCCACGCCGUCAGCUGGACUUCUCGCCCCCACAAAAACUGGGGCGCGCUGAAAAUCAGCGACCCGCUGCCGAUGCUGCCUCCAGCCAGGCUGGUAACUUGAGGCCAGCACAAAGCAGUGAGUGCCUCGUGGCUUUGU